AUGGCUGGCAAGAGUGAAAGCCACGGCGAGCUGGUCAAGUCAGAAAUUUCGGUGAUGCCGUUUGAGCAGACCACACUCGUUGCAGGCAGCCAGAUGCGCAACAUGGCCACGAUGCUGGACAUGGAGCGUGAGAUCAACAGCCAACGGGAACAGCUUAUUCGCGUCACCUACACCAUGGACCGCCAGGUUGCCCGCCUCAGCCGCGAGAUCGAGCUUCUCCAGGAACGCCAGGCAUCCAACCCUGAAGCCAAUUGGCGAGUUCGAGAGGACAUCGAGGCACUUAGCCGGAGGCUGGAUGCCCUGGAGGCCUUUUGCCGUUCAGAGGCCGAGGCGAAGGCUGAGGCCAAAGCCGAGGUGGACAAUGGGCCGCAGUCAGCAAGCCUUCAGGCACAGAUCCUCGCCAUCCGCGAAGAGAUCCGGGCUCUCUCUGCAGAGUGCCAUCUGGAGCAGACCCGUGAUGUGGCAGGUGUCCGAGCAAGGGCGGCCGUGGAGCAAAUGGCUGCCAAGCAGCGGGCGGAGAUGGAGAAGCUGCACUGUCAAAUCGCAGAUCUGCAGCGGUCCAUGUCCAGCCAGGACAAUACUCCGACAUCAUCCCAAGGAGAAAGCUCGCAGUCAAUGCAACACCUUUUGGGCUCUGUGGAGCCAGUUCUGCGGGCGGCGCUGGAGCAGCAGCUCGGCCGCAUCGUGGCGGACCUCCGUGGCGACACAGCAGCACGCUGUGCUGAGCUUAGGCUGGCGUCGGGAACCUGGUGUUUGGAGGGCCCGUUGGUUCAGGUUUUUGCGCAAGUAUGGGUUGUUGGAUACUCGAGUUGGGUCGGAGGGCUCUUCAAUGUGGGUAUUGUUGGAGAGUUGAGCUAG